AAGAACCCAACCAAGCCCGACACACCUCCACUUGGAAAACAUCGGUAAGAAAAGCUUGAUUUUGCCCUUCUUUUCUUGUUUAAGAACCAAAUUUGGAGCUUAGAAACCCCAUUUCUGUAGAAAUUCAGAUCGGCUCUGCUCUGUUCUUUUUCGUCGGCUGCUCUUCAUUGUUUGGGUGUGAGUUCUUCAAAAUUCUGGUAAGCAACAGCCAUUAAAUUCUCUAUUUUUCCUUGAAUUGGCUUAGGUUAACUUUGAUUUCUCUUGGUUUCUCCAAUUUUUGGGUAGAUUCCCCCAAAAUUUUCUGCACUUCUCAUCAGCUCUCACCCCCCAAACCCGUUAGCUCCGACCUUGCUUGCUGAAUUCUGAUUGUCUUGUGGUCAAUCUGGUUGUGGAGAAAUCGAUUAAUCUUUAAAGAAGGGUUUGAUUUUAUUGAUGAUGUUAGGCAUUGUUUUUGGACCUGGCCCGGUGGUUGGCCCGUUUUGGCCACCGAGUCCGGUUCAACCGGUUGAACUAGUUCACCCGACCGAUUCAAUCGGUUGACUAAAAAAAAGUAAACAGCUUUUUUUAAAGAGGUGAGCGGAGAGGACGAUGACUGGUGAAGGAGAGGACGAUGACUGGCAAAGAAGAGGCAGAUCUGCUCUGUUGAUGGAAGGAGGAGGUAAGCGGCGAAGGGCUGAGAUCGGGGAGGUAGUUGUGGAGUCAUCGACAGCUGGGAUCGGGAAGGCAGUUGACCGACGGCUGGAAGCCGCCAACGAAGGUGGCUGAGAUUGGGCAGGGAAAGGCAGCGGUGGUGACUUUAGUUUUUUUUUGUUUUUUUUUUUUAUGGAAGUUUGAGACUUUAGUUUUUUUUUUAAUUGAUUUUAUCUUUUUAUUUUUAAUUUAAAUAUAUGAUUUUUAUUGUA